CGCCGUCAGUCGUCACGGAGUGGAGCUGGUGCUUGUCAUCCGGCCGCCAUUAUCUCAUACGAUUUCAUAAAAUCAAUUAAAGUUUUCGCUGUCAUUACGCGUUCCAGUGUCGUGUGUAUUACGGAUUCGUGAAAGUUAAAAGGUUCUGAUCUUUUGUACAAGUGUGUCGGUUUGGGCUGCAAGAGUGAUCAGUGAUACGGUUAGGUUACUGUGUUGGGUGGUAUAGUAACGUCGUGUAGGGUGGCUCCGGUUAGGCCGGGGCGGCAGGACGCGACCGGAGCGUAUGCAGAGGGAGCGGUGAGAACGCGCCCGGCUAGGGAGUCGGGGCGGUGAGGGCACAGGGACAGCUGCCGACAUGGGGUGCACGCAGUCUGCCGAAGAGCGCGCAGCGGCUGCCCGAAGCCGAGCGAUCGAGAGGAACUUGAAAGAGGAUGGCAUGCAGGCUUCCAAGGAUAUAAAGUUAUUGCUGCUAGGUGCCGGAGAAUCGGGGAAGAGUACGAUAGUUAAACAAAUGAAAAUUAUCCACGAAAGUGGAUUCACAAAUGAAGACUUCAAACAAUAUCGGCCUGUGGUGUACAGCAACACGAUCCAAUCCCUGGUCGCCAUCUUGCGCGCCAUGCCUAACUUGGGCAUCACAUAUGGAAACAAAGAUCGCGAGAGCGACGGCAAAAUGGUAUUCGACGUGAUCCAACGGAUGGAGGACACGGAACCGUUCAGUGAGGAACUCUUAGCGGCGAUGAAGAGGCUGUGGUCGGACGCGGGCGUGCAGGAGUGCUUUGGCCGCUCCAACGAGUACCAGCUCAACGACUCUGCUAAAUAUUUCCUGGACGAUCUCGACCGGUUAGGUGCCAGAGAUUAUCAGCCCACCGAGCAAGAUAUUUUAAGAACUAGAGUCAAAACCACCGGCAUUGUCGAAGUGCACUUUUCCUUCAAGAACCUUAAUUUCAAAUUGUUCGACGUAGGUGGUCAGCGGUCGGAGAGAAAGAAAUGGAUCCACUGCUUCGAGGAUGUGACUGCGAUCAUCUUCUGCGUCGCCAUGUCGGAGUACGACCAGGUGUUGCAUGAAGAUGAGACAACGAACCGUAUGCAGGAGAGUCUAAAGCUAUUCGACUCGAUUUGCAACAACAAAUGGUUUACUGACACCAGCAUCAUCCUGUUUCUCAACAAGAAGGAUUUGUUCGAGGAGAAGAUACGCAAAUCUCCGCUCACCAUUUGCUUCCCUGAAUACACAGGUGCGCAAGAGUACGGCGAGGCGGCGGCGUACAUCCAAGCGCAGUUCGAGGCGAAGAACAAAUCCACCACCAAGGAGAUCUACUGCCACAUGACGUGCGCCACCGACACCAACAACAUCCAGUUCGUGUUCGACGCGGUCACCGACGUCAUCAUCGCAAACAACCUGCGCGGCUGCGGCCUCUACUAAACACCCCACCGCACCCGACACUUAGCGUGCACUGGGUGUCGGCAAGGCAGGCUUUAACCAGCCAGAUACAAUAUUGAAAAAAAACUCCAUCAACACGUUUUAAAAAAAAACUUUAGGAUAGGCAGUGCUUUAGUGUAUAACGUAACUAUAUAUGGACGUAGUUAUGCAACUUUCUGACCCACAAGUCGUGAUAAAGUGAUUUAUUUAAUGUACCUUAAUGUACACACUGUCAUUUCGGCAACGUAACGUAACGUAAGCAGAUUUAAACAUUUCAAGAACAAAUUGAUUAGUUAAGACAUUAUUAAUGUAUUUAUAUCUCACUGCAAUUUUUAACCUACAAACAGAUGUUAUUAUACCAAAAUAAAUGGUAUGUAUUCAGCUGUCCUAGAGAUCAAAUGGUAUUUUCCAUUGGAUCGUUUUCGCAAAAAUACGUCUAAAAUUGCUCCUAUAAUACCAGUUACAAAAAAAAAAAACUAAGGAUAUGCAGUGCUUUUACGCAUGAGUGAAAUGCAAACUUGAAACCACUGCUCAGAUAUGGUACAGUAUGAUGUUUUUGCUAGGAUGAAUGUUUAUCAGUCAGGCCAGGCCAGUUUGGAUUCUGCACGUUCCACACUAAAUCAUUGCCUCUACCUUAAAGGUUUAUAAUAACUAGUAUUGUAUCAAAAAAAUUCCGCUUUAUUUAAUCUGCUUGUGCAAUCCAGGUCGAUGCCUUGUGCACGCCAUAGAAACACCAACACAAUUCCCAGCGUCGUCGCGUCAACCAUAACUUAACUUUUUUUUUUAAUUCAAUAAUACAACAAGAAAUCCCCACAUAGACCUUGCAGAGUAGUUCCAAUAAUUUAUUCAUAAAGUACAACUGGCAUCUUGAUUACUCUUAUCACAAUAAAAUUAUAUCCGGGUGUACUUACAAUUGACACUUCUUAAAGGAAAAAAAAAUAGUUAAAUAUCCCGUAUUUAAUUUAUUUAAAAUUUAUUUAAUUAAUUUAAUUUAAUUAAGGAAUUUAUAAUGUUUGAUUUCUAAACAAAAGUAAGCCAGAAAACAUGAAACUCUUUGAAAUGAUGUACUAAGGUAACAUGAUUUUCCGAGAGUCAGUUGUUAUACCUUCCUAAUCAGCAAAAGAUAAAAGAAUCUAGCUUUAUUUUGACUUUCAACUAACAUAGCUAUAAUCAAGUAAUUAUAAUGCAAAGAAACUGAAAUGUAGUCAUACAAGUGUAAAGCGAUUGAAAACGUGCCAGUAUUUUUUAGGAAGUUUACUAGAACAAACACAUACAAAAACAUUGUAAACAAAAUCAAAAUUGACAUUGGACUCGGUUUACUGUAAUAUUGUGUGGUUAAUGCAAUUCUUUAAAAUUUAAAAGUUGUAAAAC